AAGGCUGAAAAGCUUUUGCGAAAGGCUAAUAUCCCUGCGGCUUCGGGAGACCAUCACAGCCGAACCGAGCACUCCAAAAACAACAACAACAACAACAACGACGACUCGAGCAGCUCGUCUGACGAGUCGGUUACUCCCGGACGACAUGGCGGCCAGUCGGAAUCUACGACGCUGGUUGAAGGCUCCCCUCGAUCGACCCACUAAUUCUAAUGUCCACUAACUUGGGCUCGAUUCAUGUCCAUAUUCCCAUUUUCCGCGAUAUAUAGUUUUUAUUGCCUAAUAAGCUUCUCACGCCCCGGGCUGCCGGGCAUUGCAUUAAACAUGGCGUUGGUGGCAUAUACAGAAAAAGACGCCUCCACACGGGAGGCUGUCGGCGGCUUUGCAUUUCCGGUUAUCACGAUUCUUCGCAACGAUACCAAAAAGACUUAUGCGGUUCUGUCUUAUUUAAUUCACUAUCGUUGUUCGCACAGCAGACGAUCAGUCAUGGCCCUUUACAUGAAAAAAAAAAGUUCGGGCAAAGACGGGAUGGAACAGGAAGGAACGGAACGGAAACAAACCAAUGUCGGAGGGGGGGAGGAAGGGCUUCUGCUUUUUUAUUAUUACACAUCUUUUUAUUUUUAUUUAUUUUUUGGUCCGGAUCAAGUCAGUCGGGUUGCUAUUGGCUAUUGGCUAUUGGCUAUUGGCUUUUGAACGGUGGGCGGAGUACCACCUUAAUGAGACGACGAUGACGGGCAGCAUGAGACGAGAUGAUGAGAGGAUGAGAGGAGAAAUGUGAUUUACUCAAGGGAGGGAAACGUGUAUUGCAAAUGACUUAGACCCUACAGGUGGCUUUACAGCCCCAUCCA